AUGUUAGGACCACUCAAAUAUAUCAUCGAAAGUAAUAUUGUAACACAAGUAAGUUCUAACUCCGAUUAUAAAUGUUCUGAAAAUCAAGACAGGAUGCGAGAGACAAAGGCGGGCAGUCGGUGCGCCGCCAAACACAGACUCAGAGGUUUUCCCGCCCAAAGCUACGAGCUGCGCCGCGAGCACAUGCAUGUCAUAUGCAUA